AAAUCAAAGUCAUAUGUACAUGGUAUCGAAUUGCCCACCUACUCAACUUCGCCCAUUACACCACUCAUUCGCACGCGUAUAUAUUCAUCUUGAAUCAAGGUACUGGGCGAAAAUUUUCUCGACACAUUAUACCGGCGCUGCUUCCAAUGCCAAGAUAUGUCAACAUCGGGGUCAUUAACAGUCGAACAAUGGUACACGGGCGACAUCAAUACUGGAGGCCAGAACAACUGGAGAGUAACGGCACUCGCUAUCUCAGCGACGCCGGUUGCAUACGCUACCUUUCAAAAUGAAUAUUUUUACUUCACCGAACUUGCUAAUGGCUAUCCUAGUGACAUGUAUACCGCAGGCGAUCCAGCAACGACUUCCGGAAGUGUCGUAGUCUCCAUGAGAUCUGUUCCCAUACCCCAAUUUGUUUACGGGACUUUGGACAUUACAGUCUCUUCGAGUGCGGCAGAAAUCUCUUCUGCGACCAGUACCUUACAAAGCGCGUCGCAGCCAGAUAUCUUUUCCGCAACGUCAAGCGCAGCCGCAGAACCUUCGACGACACCCAUAGAAACUUCCACAGUCCCCGCAACCGGCGCCAGCGAUCCAUCCCUUAGUGGCGGCGCAAUCGCCGGCAUUGUAAUUGGCGGUCUCUUUCUCACCGCACUCAUAAUAGGCGGCUGGUAUUUCUGGCGGAGACGGAAACGCGUGAAGACGGUUUCAUCAAGUUCUGGAGGAGAGAUAAUAGCUGAAAAAGGUGGUGAUGGAGACAUAUUAGAAAUGCAUGCAGAUGAGACGCUGCAGGAGCUGUCGGCGAGGGACCGAUCGGAUGCGAGAGAGCUAGAUCCUACACAAUACUCCAGAUACGCGCCGAAUGGAGCUCACGAGCUCAUGAGCCAUCAUGGAGAAAGUCGCUUCAGGCCAGCUCACGAGCUUGACCCUGAGACGAGGCCUGGGGAGCUACCGAAUGGCGAGACUGAGCAGGCGCCGCAAGUGCAAGUGUAUCAACAUAACCUGGAGCCUGCUGUUGCAACAACGGAAACGACUGCUGCAGCGUCAUCGAAUGUUGAAGCGCAAAGGAGAAGAGAAAUGGAAUGGCUGGAGAUGGAGGAGGAAAGAAUGCGAAAACGAAGGGAGAUGCUCGCUAUACAAGCAGACCAUAAGACACAAUAAGACCAAAAGGAUAUGGUACUCUUUGUGCAGUAGAAAGCAGGGAGUGUGCCCUCGAGAUUUUCGUGGGAUAGAGGUGCAGAGGGAUAAUAAGCUUGGCCCAUAGCACAGAGUUGCCAUAAGAUUCGUCUGUGAGACCAUAGAACACAUAGUUGCACAGGUCACUACAUGUCUUUUGACAUAGUAGAUUCGGAAUAUGCGAGCGCAUUGGAGGCCCACGAAUGCACAACACAAUUCCGUGGGUACCGGCGCCCAAUUCAUCGCGAGUAACCAAAACAACAAUUCAGGUUCCAGCUUUCAGUUUAAUAAUACUGUGGGUGCUUUCCACAACAAUGGGCAGGAUGGAAGUCGAAGUACCUAAAGAAGGACGAUUCUAAAUGGCGUAGGAAAAUUGUUUGGGCCGUUUUGUUGGUGUUUCGAAAGCGG